AUGUUACACGCGAUGCACAUUCAGCUAGGCUAUAAGGUUCAUUUGUCACCAACAUAGUUCUUUACAGUUAAGGACAAGCAUAAGGAUCUGUGGAAAAAACAAGGAAGGCUGUUGGAAUCACUGUCAAGAAGCCCUGCUCGAAGAACCCUCGCUUGAUGCUGAACUGGACAGGUUAUCUAUCGAUGAAAAGUAAACAGCAAUCGAGAUGAUCACUCCUCUGUUUUUGUUUUUCUUAACACUUGGAAUUCAUCCGCAAGUGCAAGCUUGUGGCGGUGAAUACACUGCACUCACUGGUCUCAUACUGUCUCCAUUGUACCCGAGUCAGUACCCGCCUGAUCAGGAUUGUGUUUACAUCAUCAGAGCACCAACAGGAUAUCGGAUAACCUUGACAUUUGACAGCUUUGAUGUGGCAGGUGACUGGAGUAGCUGCAAGCAGGACUAUAUACAGAUUAAAGAUGGCGAGUCAGGGACAUCACCAUUCUUGUCUAUCUACUGCAACACCACAGCGUACCCAAGACGGUCAACAUCAAACACCAUGUGGAUCAGAUUCCAUUCUGACUCUACUCAGUCAGGAGGUGGCUUCCAUGCGAGCUACACUGCAGCCAUAAUUCCCCUAAAGUUUCUCCUUAUUACCGAAUCUAAUCUACCGUGGUAUGUGGGUAUUCGGAACAUCGACAUCGACACGAAUACACUGUUUGAUAUUCCUCUGGAGGGACUAAAGGGCCCUGCUGGUGUUGACUACGACCCGAUGACUGGUCGCGUCUACUGGACAGACAAUGGGGAGCAGACCAUCCGAGCAUCGAACCUUAACGGCAGUGAUGCUCGGCUUGUUCGCUAUUUAGGAUUGGCCUCUGUGCCAGACGGCCUGUGUGUAGACGCACUGUCCAGGCUCAUCUUCUACACAGACGCAGGCAAUAAAGUCAUCGGCAUGAUCACCAUGUACAGCAACACUCAUCGAAUAGUCAUCAACUCCUCACUUGACAUGCCGAAAGACAUUGAGCUUGACAAACGCAAUGGUGUAAUAUACUGGAGCGACCGUGGCGCCACACCUACCAUAGAGCGAGCCAACUAUGACGGUACAGGACGUCAGACUCUGGUCUCAGGGGGCGAGUAUCUCAAACAACCAAACGCCAUCGCUCUCGACACAGUCGAAGGCAGACUGUACUGGGCAGAUGGUGGCACACAGAAGGUAGGCUGGGUGGACCUGGAAGGGAGGAAAACUUCGGUGAUUCUACCACAACCAGGAUUAGUGUAUCACGGCAUGGACCUCUAUCUCAAUGACUUCUUUGUGACGGACUGGAGCUUUCUAAAUCUCAAUAAGACGAUAAAAACACGCAUAGUUCGCUAUGGGAAGGACGGCAGUAAUGGAAGAAGCAUUUUCGGCCAACCCUCGAAAUUAAAUGACAUCCGUGUCUACGCUGAGGAAAUAGAAGAUAAAGGGCCCAACGGAUGUGGAAGCAACAACGGUGGUUGUAGUUACAUCUGUGUACCCACACCUGGCAACAGAAGUAAAUGUCUCACUGAGGACGGAGGAUCUACAAAAAGUGAAAGUCCAGCUACUGAAAGCUCAACAAAAGCAAGUGAUCUGGUCACACCGAGUUCUACAAGUGAUCCAUGCAUACUAGCAGCAGAGUCUGUGAGCACAAGCACCAAGAUCAUCAUUGCUGUCUGUGUUGUGCCCCCUGUCGUAGGAAUUGCUGUCAUCAUCGCACUCUUCGUUUUUUGGAAACUAAGUUGUCAAAACAAUAGCCAAGAACAUGGGGAUUCCACGCAGAGAAGCAACACACCUGAUGUCCAACUGGAGUCACUGACAGCAACACCAUAUAAUAAUCCAAGUGUUAAUAAUCAACACAAUGACCAGAGCUCUCAAGCCGGUUACAGAGAGGGCAACUCUAAUGACACAGGUGACACAAGCUUCGAUCAAAGUGUAAGAAAUGGGUCCGCUCUUUACCUGACACCGACUGGCCUUAGAAAUGGGUCCGCUCUUUACCUUACACCGAUGGGCCUUACAGGUGAAACAAGGGUCAAACAAGGUUUGAUAAUAGAAAAUGGGUCCAUUCCUACACAGGAGGGUGAUAAUUCCCACUCCAAUAGUCAAGAACAUGACAAUUCUGCAAUGCCUUACAGGAGCAGACACAGCAGAGCCAUAUGUCUAGCAAGCUCACAACAAGACUGUUGUCUUUUCACUUGAGGACUAUAAAAUGUAUCAGUUGGUAUAGUUAUGUCCUAAGUCAUGUGUGAUAAAGACUUUUCUGGCUCCAAUGAACAGCAAAACAUUUACUAUAGACCGAACCGCAACGCGGAGCAAUCGUUGAGAGCAUCGUAAGGGGAGGGUAGCACGAAAGUGAGGUUGGGACUAUUACGACUGUUAUCUCCCCUAUCGAAAAUAAAACUGAUAGAGGCGUCUCUCACCUUUCAUCUCGUUUGAUGUAAACUCAGUUUGAAAUAGACAACAAUAUGACCGCCAGCCUACGAUAGCUUUACCAGAUAUAUUCAUAACCCUAAGCCAGUUCUCGUUCGAAUUUUGCGAGCUGUAGAAAUGAAGAAUUUUUGAAAGUUCUAGAAGAAUGGUAACUAGAAUUUUCUGCUAAUCUGAGAGAAACGGAAGAAGUUCUAACGCGAUGGUAGAAUGGUGAAUUAGUCUGAUAUUUAAGCACAAAGGAUCUUACAGUUGCCCAGCUAAGUAUCGAUAAAUUAUUAUCCUUAGUUGUAUUGGUAAACUGUUUACAUCCUACUUAAAUACAAGUAGAUAAUUAUAAAUAGUGAUAAUAAACUUAUGAAUAAGUUGGAUUUAAGGCUGGAAACGUAACCCUCGUUAUUUACACAGUAUAAUAAAUUUCUUAAACAGCAAACAUCAAACCAGAAGUUGUGUAGCCUCAUCAUAGGCGAAGGUCACAUGCAUGGCUAGGGUGUAAUUUUUAAAACAAAUUAAUUAGCCACGAAUUUACCGUAAGAAGUCAAGAUAAUAAUAGCUAACAAAUAAACCAUUAUGACGAUUAUUCUUGGUUUUAGGACAGGAAGCCACAUAUGAAUGCUGAUGGAGAGGUAAAUCAGUCAUUCACAGGAUGUUUCAAGAAAAAGUAACAUGCUAUACUUUAUUCCUUGUUACCCCUCGAGGAGCAUAGGGAAGCAGAGACACCUCAUCAACGGACUCGGUUUUGAACCCGUGUGGUUCCCACUCCCUUUACCUCACUCUCUACUGUUCUUUUCCCAACUCUCCUCUUCUCCUGAGGGUUCCAGUUAGUCCCUUCUUGGCAAUAGUGUCACCUGGUCUGUACAGGGUGUGUCCUAUCCAGCCCCAAUUUGAGCUUUUUGACGACCACCGUUGAAUAAAGAUUCAGGAAGGGUGCCGGUGCCAGUGGAAACUUUGUGUCAUUUUCAAGUAGAGGCUUUCUGGGGAAAUAUCUUUUUAUAUUUGCUUUGUGUUUUCUUUUUAAUCAAAUUAUAUUUAUUUAUUUAAAA